AUGUGUAUGAUUGGGCUUACGGCUGCUCAAAGAUUCUUCUCAGAUCUUUGCCUUUGUCUUGAUAUGGAUGUGAAAGAUGUUACAAAGGGUUCAUGGAUUUGGCCUAAACUCAUAAAACUCAAGCCUACUGCCUAUCUAAUUUUGAUUUUUAAUGAUCAUACUGGUGUGGACACUUUUUCUUUUUUUGACGACAUGUUACAAGUUGGCAGGUUUAUUAAAAUGACCGGAGAACAUGGAAUAUGA